AUGCAGGUGGACGCGCAGAGCUUGAUAAAAGUGCUCGGCAAGCAGCUGUUUGGUCGAGUGGUUGCUGUGAAUGAGUUGGUAAUGGUGCAUCUGGAUGGAUUGGCGCUGGUGGUGAGGAUAGCCAAUCUGAACACACUGGACGAAUCCGCGAGAGAAGAAACUUUGUCCUACCACUGCUACAGGGGACUGGUCGCCCCCGACACAACCCUUUAUUUGACAGAAGGCAAGCAGAUACGCUGCUUAGGGUGUGAUGACGUGACACGCUGUUGCAGGUCAAGACCUUCUGGGGACAGGUCCCGUGCAGUCAUAGAUGUGCUGACGAGGGAUGGCGAGGUGUUCCCAGUCAAGCGCAAGCUGUUGAGGCCCUGCAUCAAUCUCACUCAGGCCGUGCGCAGCGAUGUUCCCUCCGUCACCAUCGAUGUGGACACCCUGGUCUUUGACAGGGUCCUCAUAUAUCUGGAGGCUGGCGCAGCGGGGCAGCCAGUGCCAGACUACGCAGUGCAUCUCCUGGGUGACCUGCUGCAUGCUGGAGAAGCCCUGGGCCUAUUGUCUCUGCAGGAUUACUGCCGCGCCAAGCUGGGCAGGCUGGACUCGCGUAUCCAGCUGCGUAGCUUUGAGGAGGUGAAGGCGCACAAUGCUGCCGGCCAGUGCUGGCUCAUCCUGGACGGCAUGGUGCUGGACGUGACGCGGUGGCUGCCGGAGCACCCCGGAGGCGCCACUAUCAUCCCCAAGCAGUCGCUCAACCUGGACUGCGCACGCUUCUUCGAGGUGUACCACUCCUCGCGCGAGUCCUUCCUGUACCUGCGCGAGUUCUAUGUGGGCGAAGUGCAUCCCGGGGACGUGGCCGCGGUGCCCUGCAAGGAGCGGCCCUCACCGGAGUUUCUAGCGCAGCUGCGCGGCUACAGGCGCUUCCGCAUGCAGCCGCCGGACGAGGACUCCUUAGUCAAGGCCUUCAAGAGCUUCUGA